AUGUCCAGCUCGUCGACGUUGACCACCACCUCGAAGACAUCGACGUCCUCCGUGUCUACUUCGACGGAAAGCACCACAACUGUGACUACCACGACAGUGUCCACAACGACUCUGAGCUCUACAUCUGAGACCAGCACCACCACAUCGGUCUCGUCGACCACGCGGUCCUCCACCACCACAGCGAGCUCCACAUCCUUCAGCUCCACCACCACACUCAGCAUCACCUCGAGCUCCACACUUUCCAGCACGACCGUAACACGCACGUCCACGACUGUCACCACCUCAACCAGCAUCUCCAGCACAACUCUUUCGAGCACCACGGCAUCGAGCACGACGACUAAGAGCACUACCAGCGUCACGAGCAGCAGCACAGUGACCACCACGACGGUAACGAGCUCCACAUCCUCAACCGUCACCACCACCUCGGGUACUAGCACCACCCAGACCACCAGCUACCUUCCGUGCAAGCCCGGGUGUGAAGGUGCCACGUACUACGGCUGUGACGAUCACCUGUUGGCUGGCCAGAGCUGCCAACCGAUGAAGAUCAGCAACAGCCCCUGCAUCUCUGGACUGAGGGAGGUGGCGCCCGAACUCAAGUGCCCAAAUCUCAACCUCGACGACCGCAUUCCAGCGUUCAUCCCGGCCAUCCCUCACGAGGAUACGCCGAUGGUCGAGUGCCGGGUCUGCGGCUUCAUGGACGCCGUCGAAGACUCCAACCCUGUCCACGGCUUUUUCACCGGCUACCUUGUCAGCUUCGGCCCGAACCAGUUGCAAGGCGAGCUCAACGAGGACCUGAGACCACAUCGUCGGCUACAACGUGUACUUCGUGAACGCCGACCACGAGAAGAUCGGCCAGGUGGUGGCGAACGUGCCCAAGUUGGAUGA